AUGAACUCGCUGGCAAGGAUAUACAGGUCGUUUGGCCCCAAGUACAUCGGCAUUGCGUUCGAUUCCCCAGGCUCCAACAGCACUAAACGCGAGGUGUGGCCGGAGUACAAGGCGAACCGUCAGGCAAUAAAGACGUCUUUCAAGAAACAGCUGAUGUGGAUCAAGGAGUUCUGCUCCAUAGUCGGGCUCCCCAUCUUCCUGCGGCGCUCGACGGAGGCUGACGACAUCAUAGCCAGCAUGAUUACCUUCCUGAACGGAGGAGCCGGAAAAGACGACGCGGACCAAUCAGGCGAUGAAGAGGUGCAGCAGAUGCGGCAGAUCGACUUCCGAGUCCCCAACCCGGCGCCUGGAGGCGUUUUCGACCGCGUGGCAGGCGCAUCGGCCGCCCAGCUAGAGCGAAUGGACGCCUCCACUGACAACGGUCUGCAAAAACGCAGCUUCGAUGUGCACGUGCUCACAGCCGAUAAGGAUCUGCUUCAGGUCCUUCAGCACAACGGCGCUGGUAACGUGAACGUGCGUGUCGUGCAGCCGCACAAAAAGUUCCGGCUGGUUGACGAGUCGACCGUUCUUGAGGAGUAUGGCAUUCCUCCGGGGCGUUUCAGCGAGUACCUGGCACUCGUCGGCGACUCGGCAGACAACAUCCCCGGCGUGAUGGGCAUCGGGCCGAAGACCGCCCCCGUGCUCAUCUCCAAGUACGGCUCGUUCAAGGAGAUAAUCGAUUCUGCGGAAAUCGCGAAGAUAGCGCGCCGCGGCGGGAAGCACAGCCUCAGCGUGGAACGCGCGUACGACUUCCACUUGAUCACCAAGCUCCGUGGUGACGUCCCGGUGCUGUCGUCGCUGAGCCAGCUGCGGAAGAAGCGCACGCUCGAGCGGCAGUUCGUGGCGUUCUGCAGGAUGUUCUCGCUGCAGAAAUGCUCACUGCGCUGGCACGACGUGACCCACUGA